UUGCAUUGCUCUUUGCUUCGACUGGAUCAAACAAAACCAUAUUCGAAUUAGUGGGGGGGGAGAGAGAGAGAGCGCCCAGUCACCCACUUCCUUCACCAUGACCUUCCCUCCUUACUUUUUCUUUAACCAAUAACCCUUCCCCUUCUCUUAACCUGACCAAACCCUAGAUUUUGUAAUUAUUAUUCAUCAAAAACCAAAAAAAAAGGCUUACUUUUUCUCAUAUUGGAGAUUUCCUACGCCCAGAUCUCUGAAGAAAUUCUUCGUUUUUCCCCUUCACCGUUUUAUUGAAUUUAUUUUUUAAAAAAUAUUCUUCUUUUUAACUGUUCGUCUUUCGCAUCGGAUUAAUGGAUUCCAGUUUUUGGUGCUGAGAAUAGGUGUUGCAUGCUUUUCUUAUUUAGAAUUAGGUGCUGCUGUUAGCUUAGGGUUUCCAUUUUUUUGCUUUUUGAAUGGAACCCCGUGUUGGCAAUAAGUUUCGGCUCGGCCGAAAGAUCGGCAGUGGUUCCUUUGGAGAGAUCUAUUUAGGUACUAAUAUUCAAACUAACGAAGAGGUCGCAAUUAAGCUUGAAAAUGUCAAGACAAAGCAUCCUCAGUUGUUGUAUGAGUCCAAGCUGUACAGAAUUCUCCAGGGAGGAACUGGAAUUCCAAAUGUUAGAUGGUUCGGAGUGGAGGGAGAUUACAAUGUUCUAGUGAUAGAUCUGCUUGGACCCAGUCUUGAGGAUCUAUUUAACUUCUGCAGCAGGAAACUAUCACUGAAGACAGUUCUCAUGCUUGCAGAUCAAAUGAUCAACCGAGUUGAGUUUGUUCAUUCUAAAUCGUUUCUACAUCGGGAUAUCAAACCAGAUAAUUUUCUUAUGGGCUUAGGAAGGCGUGCAAACCAGGUUUAUAUUAUUGACUUUGGUUUGGCCAAGAAAUAUAGAGAUAGUUCAACUCAUCAACACAUUCCUUACAGGGAAAAUAAGAAUUUGACAGGAACUGCAAGAUAUGCUAGCAUGAACACUCACCUUGGCAUUGAGCAAAGCCGAAGAGAUGAUUUAGAGUCUCUUGGUUAUGUCCUCAUGUACUUUCUGAGAGGAAGUCUUCCUUGGCAGGGACUUAAAGCUGGUACUAAGAAACAGAAAUAUGAGAAAAUUAGUGAAAAGAAGGUUUCUACCUCAAUUGAGGCCUUGUGCCGAGGUUAUCCAACAGAAUUUGCAUCUUAUUUCCAUUACUGCCGGUCAUUAAGGUUUGAUGAUAAGCCAGAUUAUGCUUACCUGAAAAGGAUAUUUCGUGACCUCUUUAUUCGGGAAGGCUUCCAGUUUGACUAUGUCUUUGACUGGACUAUCUUGAAGUACCAACAAUCACAACUGGCUACUCCUCCUGCACGUGCCCUUGGCCCAAGUGCUGGGACUAGUUCUGGAAUGCCGGCUGUUGUGGCUAAUGCUGAUAGACAGACUGGAGGGGAUGAAGGGCGAACUACUGGUCUUGUUUCGAUGGAUUCUGUGAGGCGAAGAAUGUCAGGCCCCAUGUUAAAUUCUCUUAUUUCAACGGCCAUUAUCUCUCUGUCAUGCAGUCUCCAAGCAACAAUAUUUUGGGUCAGUCAAGUGGGUCAUCUCGGCGUGUUGCUGUUCCAAGUAGCCGCGAUGCGUUUGUUGGUGGGGAGUUGGAUCCACGAACUCGCACUACUGAAGCUAGCCCUGGAGCUGCUCACAGAAUUUCAAGCGGGCAUAGAAAUUCACCACUGGGAGCUUCAGAUGCAAAGAGAAUAUCUUCUGGAAGAAAUGCUUCUCAUGUCAAGAAUUAUGAAUCAGCAGUCAGGGGCAUUGAGAGCUUGCAUUUAGAGAAUGAUGAGAGGGCCCAUUAUUAAGUUGCCACCUUUUCAUCUUGUAAAUUUAAGAAUUGUCUGGCACUUCUCUAGUUGCUGAUGCUGCUGAACUGAACUGUGAGGAAAGUUUGAUCUAAACUCGGAAAUCUGGGUUUAGAUUGUGAAUACACUUGAAGCUGAGAAGCUGAUGAACGAAUUUGAGCUUAGAUUUAUGCUUGCUGUAAAGCUGAGCCUAAUUGGCCUUUAUCUUCUGGCGGGAACUCCUGAAUGUUAUGGUCUCUUAUCCUGUGAGUUUGUUAUUGAUAUACCUGAUGUGUCUUGGACGGCACAGUUCAAAAUUACUGAACCAGUGACAAUGUAAUUAGACAUGCUACUCCUGUUUUCGAUGAUACUUAAAAUGCUACCACGAUGCAAGUUUUGUGGAGAUUAUUAUAGAAGGAAAAUAUCUUCUGGGUUCA